AUGAAUAGUUUAAAGAGUCAUAUGAAAACACAUUCGGACUCUAAAACUCAUGUUUGUGAUGAAUGUGGUAAAGAGUUUAGUCGUCUUGGUAGUUUACAGAUUCACAUGAGAACACAUACCGGUGAACAACCUCAUGAAUGUGAGAAUCACAUUAGAACACACACAGGUGAUACAUCUUAUAACUGUGACGAAUGUGGUAGGGACUUUACUCGGAUGAAUAGUUUAAAGAGUCAUAUGAAAACACAUUCGGACUCUAAAACUCAUGUUUGUGAUGAAUGUGGUAAAGAGUUUAGUCGUCUUGGUAGUUUACAGAUUCACAUGAGAACACAUACCGGUGAACAACCUCAUGAAUGUGAGAAUCACAUUAGAACACACACAGGUGAUACAUCUUAUAACUGUGACGAAUGUGGUAGGGACUUUACUCGGAUGAAUAGUUUAAAGAGUCAUAUGAAAACACAUUCGGACUCUAAAACUCAUGUUUGUGAUGAAUGUGGUAAAGAGUUUAGUCGUCUUGGUAGUUUACAGAUUCACAUGAGAACACAUACCGGUGAACAACCUCAUGAAUGUGAGGUAUGCGGUAAAGGGUUUAGUCGUACUGAUUAUUUACAGAGGCACAUAAGAACACAUACAGGCGAACAACCUCAUGAAUGUGAUUUAUGUGGUAAAGGUUUUAGUGAGCGUCGUUAUUUUCAGAGUCACAUGAAGCAAUCAUAG